ACCGUGUUCUCAGUGAGCAGCCUGCUGGAAAUAUUAGAAGAAGACAGAAAGUUUUCUAGAAGAAAAAGGGCUUUGAUCUGUAAUGGGAGGCUUUGUAUUCCUGUGCCGAAUAACGUAUUGGAAGAAGAAGAAUAGUGCUGGAAAUCCAGAGUUUGAACCGUGAUUGGGAGCUUCAAACUGUGUGGAGCAGCAAAUCUCUCUGGUCGGGUUGUCCAGUAGCGGAAUGGACCAACACAGCAGCUCUGGCAAACGCAUUCGUAAGCCCUCCCUACUGUACGAGGACUUUGAGAGCCCCUCCCUGCCACACAUGAUGCCCCAGGGCCCCCCCGCCCCACCACAGCCCCCCACCAAGGAUCCCGGCCGACCAGGCCGCAUGACCAACCAGCUGCAGUACCUCCAGAAGGCCGUGGUGAAGUCUCUGUGGAGACACCACUUUGCCUGGCCUUUCCAUGAGCCUGUAGAUGCCUACAGGCUGAACCUCCCGGAUUACCAUAAAAUUAUUAAACAACCAAUGGACAUGGGGACCAUAAAAAAGCGCCUGGAGAACAACUUCUACCGCAGUGCAAGUGAGUGCAUACAGGACUUCAACACAAUGUUCACCAACUGCUACAUCUACAACAAGCCGACGGACGACAUCGUGGUAAUGGCCCAGUCCUUGGAGAAGAUCUUCCUGCAGAAGGUGGCACAGAUGCCUGAGGAGGAACUCGAGCUUCCUCCUCCUGCUCCCCGAAGCAAAAACAAAGGAAGAGGUCGCAAAUCUAGUGUAUCGAGGGCUCAGCAGGUGCCAGCGGUGUCGCAGUCGGCUUACUCUCCGUCUUCCUCGGACACGAGCGAGUCCAUGCUAGCCAACUCUCCCCAGACUGUGUUGACCAAAAGCCUGCCUCCCGCCAACAUCAUGGGCCUGCCCCCGACACAGCCCACAACCAAGAAGAAAGGUGUAAAACGAAAGGCAGAUACCACCACCCCGUCCACCAUGGGUUUAACAGUGGGCAUGUCGGGCGUGGGCAUGUCUGGACCGACACACAUGGUCGGAUUAGGGAAAGGAGGACACGGCGGCCAAGUUCACGACACCUCUAUGCACUCCAUUUCCUCCAUGGGUGGCAUGAGUUUGGACACUCCACCAGGGAUGGGCCUUGUCAGGAGCCCUGGAGGCCCUGUCCUUCUCCAGCCUAUGAUGGCCGGCGGGGGACGCAGAGUCGGCAGCGGACGUCCCAUCAAACCCCCAAAGAAGGACUUGCCCGACUCUGUCCAGCCUCAGACCUUGAAGAAGAGCAAACUCAGCCCGCAGCUACGGUACUGCAGCGGCCUGCUGAAGGACAUGUUAUCAAAGAAACAUGCAGCGUCUGCCUGGCCCUUCUACACGCCUGUGGACGCCACUGCUCUGGGACUUCAUGACUACCAUGAUAUCAUCAAGUGUCCCAUGGACCUCAGCACCAUCAAGAGGAAAAUGGACUGUCGUGAAUACAGGGAUGCUCAGCAGUUUGCUAGCGAUGUCCGACUCAUGUUCUCUAACUGCUACAAGUACAACCCACCAGACCAUGAUGUUGUGGGCAUGGCGCGGAAGCUGCAGGACGUGUUUGAGUUCCGUUUUGCAAAGAUGCCCGACGAACCACACAUGGAUCACACAGCCAUGUCAUUGAGCGGCCACCCGACGUCCUCUUCAUCCUCCUCCUCCUCCUCGUCCUCCUCGUCGUCUUCCACCUCAGAGAGCGAGCCCAGCAGUGAGAGCGAGGAGAGCGAGAGCAGCCCGAGCUCGGACAGCGAGGAAGAGCGGGCGCAUCGCCUGGCCGAGUUACAGGAUCAGGUGUGCACACAACUGCGAGCAAUGCACGAGCAGCUGGCCGCCCUCUCUCAAGGCCCCAUCGUCAAGACCAAGAAGAAAAAGGAAAAGAAAGACAAAAAGGAGAAGAAGAAAAAGAAGAAGCUGGAGAAGAAAAGUCGAGGCAUCCGGAGCAGGGCUGGCUCUGAGGAGUGGAAGAUGCCCAGCAAGAUACUGAAGAGCAAAUCUGUCAAAGCAGGUGUCUCGCAGCCAAAGAAAAGCCAGGGGAAGAAGAGCAACAAGACCAGCAAAGCCGCCAAGAAGCCGUUCUACCCUCCCCCAGUGGCCACUUCCAUGCUGCCGCACUACGACUCGGAGGAGGAGGAGGAGAUCGUUCCCAUGACGUACGACGAAAAGCGCCAGCUGAGCCUCGACAUCAACAAGCUGCCGGGGGAGAAGCUGGGACGCGUGGUCCACAUCAUCCAGUCCAGGGAGCCGUCGCUGAGGGACACCAACCCAGAGGAGAUCGAGAUCGACUUUGAGACGCUGAAGCCGUCGACGCUGAAAGAGCUGGAGCGCUACGUCAUGACCUGUCUGAGGAAGAAGCCACGGAAACCUUACACCGAGCAAGCCGCAAAGAAAGGCGUCGCUGGCAAGUCUAAAGAGGAGCUGACUCUGGAGAAGAGAAGGGAGCUGGAGAAGCGGCUGCAGGACGUCAGUGGACAGCUGAACUCGGUCAAGAAACCUGCUAAACCUAAAGUGGAGAAGCCCAGUACGGCAGAGACUCACACGCAGCCCUCGCGCCUCAGCGGCAGCAGCUCCAGCUCCGACUCGUCUUCCUCCUCCUCCUCUUCAUCGUCCUCCUCGGACACGAGCGACUCGGACUCGGGGUGAAAUCCUCAGUGCCAGCGAAGAGUGAAAACGUUAUUAACUCAGGGACUUGGGCUGGCCCAGGACACAACACACCCUGAAACUGUCGUGGGCUGAAUCAUCAGACACCACAGUAAAAAAAAAAAAAGGGGGGGGAAAAAAAAGACAAAAAGAAGAGUAAAAGAAAAUGAAAACAACACUGAAAUGUUUUGAAUGUGGGACUGAGGGAUGUGAAACAAAGUCUCUGUGGAUCGAUAUAGAACCCAAACACUAAAUGCCUUGUUUCCACCCUCUUCCGCGACUUUGUAAAUACUUGUACAAAUUUAUGUUUCUUUUAUAAAGAAGAAUUUUAUGGUGAUCCCCAAAGAGGGAAGUGGAGUAAUAUAAAAAAAUGUGGAUGUGGAAAGACGGGCCGUACUCCAGAUCCGCUUUGGCUGGCUCUUUACACUGCGAGUUAGAAGAGUCUUUAUUUAUUUGCUUUUCUUCACCCACAUUUCCUCCGAUGUUACUGGGACUUGAAAACCAGCAACCCUUUUGGUCAGAAAGUCUUUGUUUUGAUCUUAAAAACAAAGAAACAAAAGCAUAAACCCGGCCUUCUGUUGCUCUUAACUUUUAGACCGACUCUGAUAGACUCAGCCUUAAUUAUCCAGAUUGUCAGUAACUGUUAGGAAUGUUUUAGGAAAAAUGUACGGGAUUGAAGGUAAAAGAGCUCAAGAAAUUCAACCCAUGUUCAGGUUAAACGUUAAAAGUUGGUUGCAACUUUUUUAGUUUCUGGAUAAUGUUCCGUUUACAUAUAUUCUCCUCAGUUUUGAGCCUCGUGCUUCAGCCCGUUUAACAACAUGUCAUCGUUUGAGUUUUGAAAACACGUAGGAUUUAAUAAUACAGUAUAUAAUUACCUUUUAAAACAUACUGUAACAGAAUUUGCACUUAAGUUACUUAAAUCUCUUUUGUAUAGAUUUCUAUGGCGUCAACGUUCGUCCGCAACCUUGUCGCCGGCCGUUUUAACACUGACUGGUCUGACUGGAAGUACUGCGUCCGCAGUAUUUGUUAGUUUCUUUUCAGGCGGCUGAAUGUCGAUCGGAUUAAACUGCAGGUUGUUUCUUGACUCCGCACACGAAUCUCCUCGAGCAGUGGAAGCAGCACUGCAGCGUGUCUUUGUCGAUGAAUCUGUAGCACUUGAGAAAAACGUAUUUAAUAAAAUAAAUUAAAGUCCAUUGGCUGCUCCGGAAAAACCAGUAAACGCUGCAGGGGUUUCCCCCUCCAGAGUCCUCUAGAGUUCACACAUAGUUACAGCUCUCGUUGAAUGUCCAGUGGAAGAAGAUAUGCUUGUAUAUACUUCAACUGUAUUUGCUGUAUGUUGCUCAAACUAUUGUAUUUCUGCUGUUCAGUCACUUCCCUUUUCAGUUGUUUUUUUUAACGUGCCGUCAUUCUCUCAUUCCAGUUGAACUGUUUUAGUUGUUUCCUGAUGAGCGUUCACAUCAGCAUCGCUGCUUCUCAGACGUGAUUUAAAAAAAAAGAAAAAAAAUCGAAACAAAACCAACAACCUUUUAUUUCACAUAACUAUGUUUAUUAAAAUAUUCACUUCUGUACUUUGA